AUGGACACAGUAAUUACGAGGGAAAGAAAGAAGUUUAUGAAUCGUAAAUUAAAGUUUCUAAUUGAGUUUUGUUUAGCAAUACAUGGAGAUCUUCUUGACAAGAGAAAGUCAUAUCAAAUCAGUCUGAGAAGAGAAAAAGUAGAUACCUUGAUUUCUACUAAGAGGAGGCUUAGGUUGAAAGAGUAGAAGACUAAAAUUUAGUAGCAAAACUCAUAAUCAUAUCGGCAAAGUGAGGCCUGUUUUAUUAAGGAGUUUUUGAUGUGCAUGGGUCAUGCUAUUAAAUCUAACGAAGGAUUAAUUGUAAUAUUGAUAUGCUUAUUGAUUAUAUAGUUUGAACUAAAUUAGAGAGUUUGCAGUAUGGAAAAAAGUUGGCAAAAUUAAAACCUGAUUGCAGGUUAGCUUAAUGAGGUGAGAAUUCUUAUCUAAAGUCUGGAACAAGAGAGAAUCUCAGUAGUGAUUGACAAAACUAAUUUGCUCUAACUCAUAGAUAAAAUACUAAGAAGAGAGUUUGAAAUGUACGAAUACUAUCUACAGAAGAAGUAUAUAGUGAAUAUACUAGUUGAGCUUUCUCUAGCCAAAGACUAAGAUCUCAAGAAAUUACUUGAUAAGAAGUAUAAAUUCCUAAGCUAUAUGUCUAAAUUCACUUUUCUAAAUGCACAUAACUUGCCAAUGCUUGAGACUGGACUUUGGUUCAUGGGGAAUGUUACAACUGACAGUAAUGAAGCCAGAGAAUUGAUUAUCUAGCAAACUAAUGUUAUCUAACUGAUAGAAAGUACCAUCAUUGAGCAAGACUACAUUCACAAGAAUCUCUUCGAAACUAUCUGCUGGGUAGUAAGCAAUCUGCUUAAGUAUGAUCGCUUAGAUGAAAAAAAUUUCAUCUCGCUGUGUAAUGUAGCUAAUGUUUAUCUGGAUGCAGACUCUGAUAAGAUUAUGACAAGAGAUAUACUUAUUUCUAUGGCAAAGUAACUUUCUUACAGAGAUAAAUAGAAAAUCAGAAUAUUGGAAGUUUAGAAUUCUUUUUAGCUUAUAAUGGAGAAAUUUAUUGAGAGCUUUAAUUAAAAUAACAUGAUGAUUAUUCUGCCCAGUCUCAAAUGCAUCGGUCACAUUAUAAGUACUUCUUAGGAAAAAUCAAUUGUAGAAAAGUAUACACAGUUUGACAUUCUAAAUAUAGUGAUCAAUAUUCUAAUGAACAAUAAAAAUUCCCAACUAUUUGAGGAUGCACUUUAGACACUAUCAUACCUGGCGACAGGGUUAGAUUCGGCUACUGUAAAGAGUUUGAUUUAGCAACCUAUGUUUGAUCAAAUUAUGAUCAUUGCAAAGAAUGGACUAAGAGCUCAAAAACAGAAGGCUUUGAUGGCAUUAAUAAGACUAUUCCAAUUUCUCUAAGAAGAUUCAGAUAUGGUUUCCACCUUUGCUACCUACAAAAAUGGCAUAUUCAUCUAAGCCCUCAUAAGCCAAGUCAAAUUACACAAUUCUCAAGGCUACAGUGUUAUGGUGAAAGUACUUCGAGUAAUAAUUGAUAUUCUAGAAUAAAAUUCUAGACAACAGCUAAAUAUGGGCAGAUUAGGGGAUCUUAGAGGAAUCUUUAUCUAAGAAGGUGCUAUUGAGAUAUUUGAGGAAAUUGCUUAGAAUGAUAUGAUCCCUGACUUGGGAUAAUAGGCAGAAUUGAUUUUGGAUUAUUUAUCAGGAGAUUAAGAUUAAGAGAUGAAAUCUAAUAAUUCUAAUGGAUCCAAUAAAGGCUCGAUGUUUCCUAAUUUUCAUUUUAGCCUCGGAGGAGAAGGCACUUUCAGAAUUUGA